GAUAAACUCAGACAGAGAGGCGUUGGAGUCAGACUGUGGGAAAAUGCAGCGCUCGGUCCUGAUCGUUUUCUUGCUCUGUCACCUACCUUCGGUGUUCUGUCAGGUCCGUUUGACCUUGGGCCCUCAUGAGAACGAAGGUCACGUGGAGGUGUACCACUCGGGAAGAUGGGGAGGGGUCUGUGAUGACGACUGGGACAUCAAUGACGCAAUGGUCGUCUGUCGCCAACUAGGGUAUCAGAGUGCGAGUGAGGCAUCGGUGUUUGCCAAGUACAGCAACGGCAGUGACGUAACCACAUUCUAUUGGCUGGACAACGUUCAGUGCUCUGGAAACGAGAGCAGCCUGGAGUCUUGUCCCCGGAGUAACCAGUGGGGAGCACACAACUGUAACCCCGUGGGGGAGAAUGCAGGCGCGGUGUGCUCAAAUUGUGCUAGGGACUCCUGUAGCAAAAACGGAGCCUGUGUGACGUCACCUUCACCGGGUGUUGGGAACUUCACCUGCACAUGCGCAGUGGGAUGGACAGGAGAAUUCUGUCAAGAAGAUGUGGACGAGUGUAAACUUGAAACCUGUCUCAACGGAGCAAACUGCACCAACACGGGCGGAGGUUACACAUGUUCCUGCCGGGACGGCUACAGUGGGAUAAACUGCCAAACAAACCUGUGUGAUCCCAGCCCCUGUCAGCAUGACGGUGUGUGUGUCCCUGAGAGCCGGCGUUACCAAGGUUACCAAGGUUCCCAUGGUUACCGCUGUGACUGUCAGCACGGCUGGGAGGGGACUCACUGCGAGACGGCAUCAGGUGUCCUAACAACCUGUACGAAGAACCGCAUGGAAAUAGACAUUCCGCGGGGCUACAUUGGGGGGCUCCCGGCGGGUUACCUGCAGCUGAGGGACCCGACUUGUAACGCCACCGGCAACGGAACGUUCGUCUCCAUCUCCACACCACUGAGGGGCUGCGGUACCAGGAGGAUGGUCACCAGUGAUGACAUCAUCUACACCAACGUCAUCACCAACAGACGGGUGUACAUCCGGGGUAUCGCGACCCGGAUUCAAAGCGUCCGCAUCACCGUGCAGUGCCGGUACCCCCGGGUGGUCCAGGCCAAGUUCCACUACCAACCCGACAGCCGCGUUAUCGAGUUCAGGGACAGCGGCACGGGCAGGCUGGGCUUCGAGAUGAGGCUUUACGCCACUUCCGCAUUCCAGCGGGUGUACGACCAAGGAAACCUUCCCAUUCGCGUAAAGCUGGGAGAGCCCCUGUACGUGGGAGUGAAAGUCGUGGGCGGUGACCAGGGCCUGGCAGUCUUACUCCAGACAUGUAGAGCUACCCCCUCGCCCGACCCGGACGACACCACUGGAUUUCUCUUCGUCGUGGACGGGUGUCCGGUGGAUGAUACCGUGACUCUUGUUCCUUCUCCUGACGUCACAGAGAGCAGGUUCACCAUUCGGGCUUUCAGUUUCAUUACCAACGGUGAACAGGUGUUCCUACACUGCGAUGCCAUCGUGUGUAACGCGACAGACCCGCAGUCCAGGUGCUCUCAGGGCUGCGUGACGUCAGCAAACGUCACACAUGCAGAGCGCAUCCGCCGGUCAGCUGGGAACGGCAACCACCUGAUGAUCGGCCCAAUCAUUGGAAAGGUCUCUAAGGAUAACGGCGGCAGGGUCACGUCUUCUAUGGUUCUGCUGUUUGCUGUGUUGGCCACGAGCGCUCUGACCGGUUUGGUUCUGGCAGGAGUAGUGCUAUUCCAGCCGGCUGGACAUCGUUGUGACGUGGCAUCGUCGCACUGGACAGUGGCAUAG